CAACGCCAAGAUGGACGAGGAUAUAGAGAUUAUGCAGUUGGACAACGUGGAGUGUGAGGUGUGUGGCGAGAAAACCUUCCAGCAGCGUGAGGGCUACUACUACUGCAUCGAAUGCGGCACCCAAAAACAACACAUUCGAGCGGUGGAUCUGACGGCGGAGGAAAACUUCAAUGAGACUGUGGCCCGAAAAACAAUCCGCCAGCCCAAGGACGAAUCUAAGGCGAAGGACGUCGACAUCACCUCGUGGGAGUUCUACAACUAUGUGCUGCGCGGGUUCUUGCAGGAGCUGCUUAAUAUGGGAGCCAAGCCCGAACUGAAGCUAAUGACCCUGCAGGUGUGGGCAGCGUACAUGGGCCGGAUGGAGGUGGCCUUCUGCAAUAAGAACGCACUGGGAUUGCCCAAAUUGAAUGUCCGGGUGCUGCACAGGGAUGCUCUUAUAAUUUACAACCGAAAACGGGCAAAACGUAUAAGUGCCAGAAGAAACAGUGCCCACGGUCCUAUCGAUGAUCUUUCAAAGAAACGGUUGUGGAACAAAACAAAGCGAAAACUCGAUGCCUCGGGUUAUACAAAGACCACGAAGCAAGAGGAGUCCCUCGGAAAGCAGAGCAUUGGGUUGCAGUGGUCGGUGAGUGCCCGUAAGUCCUUGAAGAAACAGAUGCCGUUGAAGCAUCUCGAUAAGCACAGCCAAGAUGGCAGCAGUAGCAUGAUGUGCCAUGGACUGAGGCCCAAGGUGAAAACUUUGCGGUUCUUCGACAGGAAUAUAUAUAGCCUUAAUCUCACAAAGCUGUACAUCGUGUUGGCCAUUGCUUUGAACAUGGUGGAGGACGACAUCCAGCUGUCGGAUCUAAUACGAUUCAUCAAGGAGGAGCACCUCUCCAGUCGUGGUAUUCUCACUUACCUGCCGGACAAUUUGGCCAGCAAAGGCAAUGCGUGGAUCAAGGAAAUGGAGUUUGGCAACAACAAGGACAAAUGCACUUACAAGUUUCUUCGCAACCAAAUUUGUUAUGUAUCGCGCUUCGUGGACCUGAGUCCAUUUCAAACCCCAAAUCUCGUGGGCUUGGCUGAGCGCUACAUCUUAGAGCUGGGACUGCCUCCUCGUCUUGCUAACUAUGUUGGGAGUCUUAUUAAGCUGUAUCCGCCCUCAUUCAAGACUCCAAUGUCGUCAUACACCUAUCCCCGUUUCGAGGCCAGAGUAAUGGCCUACAUUCUGUACGUCAUGAAGCUUUUGUUCGGCCUGGACGACGACAAGGAAAUAAAGAUAUCCGAGUCAGCGGCUGAUGUCAAUGGAAUAAUUAGAAAAAAGGAAAUUGGAGCUCCACUGCUCUUUGUUUUCACCGAAUGGAUGGAGUUUGUGGAGCUUCGGAAAGUUUUCAUUUCCCGCUACAACCAGAGUUUCGCGCGACGCUUCAAGGAGACUAAAACAUUGUCCGGCCAAGUCGAUGAGAUCCUUUCCAAGGAGCGCAAGCAAAAGGAGCAGGACUACAGCUUCGAAGGACUUCCGAAGAACCCAGCAUUGCAGCGUCAGUACGAGAACAUGACCCUAAUGGUUGAGAAACUGUUGAAGGAAUGUUUUGGCGAAACCAGUGCUGAAAGCAUCAAAAAGGAACACAUUGAGUUCCAGCCCACCCUGACCCCAGCACACUCGUACUUCCAACGCAUCCUGCUGGAAGACUCCAGAACUGAGGGUGCCACAUCGGGAAUUCAAAUCCCCGACUGCAUGCGCGUCAAUCACUCCGAACGGAACCUGGAUCCUUUCAUUUUGGAAACGGACGAUCUGUCCCGUAUCGUGUCUGAAGAAGGAUAUAAACUAAAAGUGGAAGAACUGCCUUGUCAAGAGGAAUUCCACAAUGUAGGUAUCUUCUAUCCCUUGCAUUUAUAUCAACCGAAAAAGCAGGAGUUCCGCGCCAAUUUUGACAUCAAGAUGGGUACAUAUCUCGAUGAGAUUAACAAGAAGGAGAAGCGGCCGGACUUUAAGUUCCGCUUGGCAAUCGGCACGUAUGGCCCAGCCUAUCUGGCCCGAAAGCAGCUCUCACAUUCGGAGAGGUUGAAUAGGGGGAGAGAGAACAACCCUUACGUCUUAAUGGAUGAAGCUCCAAGGUAUCUACUCAAGAUAAACAACGACAAGGUCCUCCUGGACAGUCUCAGCUCUCUACAGACUUUUAGAGAGGAAAGUAUGGAUCCCCUAAACGUACCCCUCGACCAGCCCAGACGUCAUCUGGAUGCGGAAUCUGUUUCUGGUUCCGAGCACAAAACGGUGCCCAGUGAGACUGAAGAUGAUGAUCAGAGUCCGGAGGAAGUACUAUUGAAUGUCUCCAACUUUGAUAUUUGGCUGCUUCAUGGAUUCAUGAAUCAAAUCAGGGAGUCCGACAAACGCCAGGUGCGCCAGCUUUUCCCCUACUCCUUUCGGUGGCUGCUGGAGUAUUGUGCCUCUACCAUCGAUGUCAACUGGGAGGUGCUCUACGAGCAGCUGGUUAUCCUGGAGGUGAUGCUCCACCACAGCAUCAAGGAUUGGAGCGAAUACAAGCGGGUGCUGAGAAUCGAUUAUGAAAGUUCGAACAAGGACAUGGCCACGCUGUCUAGAAUUUAUAAAGAGUUUUGGUAAAUUUUUAAAAGGCUGGUUAUUUUUUUACUUUAUAAUGAAAAAUAAUAAAUUACUUAUAAUAAUUGUAAACUUAAAUAUUAGCAUAAUAAUUGUGUAUUCUGUGAGCUAUGACUAUUAUAUUAUAUAUAUUGUCUUAAUUAUAAAUUGUAAUUAUUUCAAGCGUUAUUUUAAGGGCCUAUUAGAAGUUAUUUUAUGUUAUAUAGACACCUAU